UGUAUUCAUUUUACGUGGUUGGGGGCGAAGAGGCCCUCUCCGGGUAGGCGUAGCUUGGCCGCCUGAUGUUGGUCUAGUGAAGGAUGUCGGGUUUGUCCUGACCUACUGGAGGAUUGAUCCUGUAGUCCUGGUUCCCUUCCAUUAGCCACUACGUUCUGCUUCCUAAGGAGCUGCGGCCAUUUUUGUGCAAUCUUUUCCCUACAAGUGUGGAGAGACUGGGCCACAGACAGUGCCCAGGGAUACCAGGGAGGGCAGUGAGGGUUAAGUGACUUUCCCAGCAUCACACAGCUAAUUCUGCUUCAUUUACAUCUCUGGUUGAUGAUGUCUUCCAGAUUAAACAUAUGGAUAUACAUCUCUUUUGUGCUGAUAUGUGUGUUUUGUAAAUCUAUAGCAAGAAAUAGAAAUACUCUAAUGGAACUGAGUCCUCAGGAAUAUUUCAGCAUUUUGCAGACAGGAAAAACCUCCCUAGUUUAUUUUAGUCAAGAUGUUUCUCUAGAUAUUACUAUAUUUCUUGAAGAAUUGAAAAAAGCAGCUGGACCUCUUCAUAACUAUGGGAUUUCAGUUGCAAAGGUUAAUUGUGCUAAGGAAGAAGCAUCAAGAUACUGUGGAAGGGAAAAUGAUUGGACAAAAGCAUAUUUAUUCCGAGGUAACAUAUUACUCAGAGAAUUCCCUACUGAUGCUUUGUUUGACGUGAAUGCCAUUGUAGCUAAUGUUCUCUUUGCACUUCUAUUUAAUGAAAUAAAAUACAUUACAUCACUAGAGGACUUUGAAAAUAUAGAAAAUGCUAUGAAGGGAAAAACAAAUAUUGCCCUCAUAUAUGUGAGAGCAAUCGGAACACCAGAACAUAGAGCAGUAAUGGAAACUGCUUUUGUAUAUGGUACUGCUUAUCAGUUUGUAUUAACUACAGAAACUGCCCUUUUGGAAGGAAUUGGAGCUGAAAACUCUGAUGUAAUAUCUGGAAGUCUUUUCUUCUUUCACUGUAAACUUGUCUUAGACUUGACUCAGAAGUGCCAAAAGACUCUAUUAGAACAGCCAUUGACUAUAUUAAACAUUCAUCGAUUUCUCAAGCUGAUGGAUGCACCCUUGUUGACUGAAAUUACUGAAGAUCCUGAAAAAGUUUCAACUAUUCAUCUUCAACUUGGUUUACCACAGAUUUUUAUUCUUAGUCAAGAAAACACCUAUGAAAUGGAUAAGAGAACCGCAGAAAUAGUCGCUUGGCGCCUCCUGGGAAAAGCAGGAGUCACAUUGUUGUUAAAGGACUCCUCAGAUUUGAACAUUCCUGCUCAUAUCAAUGUCAUCUUCAAAAGAGCAAAAGAGGGAGUACCAGUUGACUUCUUGGUUUUACAUGAUGUUAACUCAAUAAUAUCCCUUGUGGAAAAUAAUAUACCUAUCCAAAAUAAUGAGUCAGUGAAAGAAUAUGAAGAAGGUGAAAUGGAGACUCUAAAUCUAGAUAUUCAAGAUGAUCAAGUGGUUGAAACAGUUAACAGAGACAGUAAGAGAAAUUUGCCUUUGGAACUGAUAAUAGACCUAACUGAGGAAACAUUUAACAGCAUAAUAAUGAAUACUUCUAGCAGCAUAAUAUUAUUUUAUGCUAAUUGGGAAGCAGUGUCCUUGGCAUUUUUGCAGUCCUAUGUUGAUGUGGCAAUUAAAUUGAAAGGAGUGUCCAAUAUGAUAUUUUCUAGAAUCAACUGUGGAGAUUGGUCUAAUGUUUGUACAAAGCAAAAUGUCACAGAAUAUCCUGUGAUAAAGAUAUUUAAGGAGGGAGAGAAGCCAGUCAUUUAUACUGGUAUGCUAGAAACUGAAUAUCUCCUAAAAUUCAUAAGAUUGAACGGAAUUUCAUGUCCAGUGAAGAUAGUGACUAUUGAAGAAGCAGAAGAAUAUUUAAAUGGGGAAUUAUAUAAAGAAUUAACAUCCUAUUCUAGUGUGUCGGUUCUGGGAAUAUUUAGCUCAAGCAUGAUAAAAGAAAAAGAAAAUUUCAUUGAAGCAGGAAAGAAUCUAAAAGGUUUUGUCAUCACAGGAUUCUAUUCCGAAGAAGAUGCUUUGAUUCUGUCAAAGAAAUAUGCUGUGACUCUUCCAGCACUACUGUUUGCCAGACACAAAGAAGGAAAUAUAGAUAGCAUACUGCUCUCUAAUUCUGAUGCUAAGGAUAUAAUUCAAAUAAUAAAACGUGCACUGUUGGGAAUAUUUCCAGAAAUAACAGUGGAAAAUCUUCCCAUCUAUUUAAGACUUCAGAAACCAUUACUUAUUUUGUUCAGAGAUGACAAUUUAAAUCACAAGGAUGAAAAAGAAAUGUUACCUCUAGUAAAGCAAAAAUACCUGGAAACACUAAUCCCUUGCUGGUUAAAUGUUAAGACUACUCCUGUGGGGAGAGGAAUACUGAAAGCUUACUUCAAGCAUCUUCCUCCAUUACCACUUCUUGUUUUAGUGGAUCUCCAUUCACAGGGCCAAGUAUCUGCAUUUCCAUUGGAUCAAACUAUAAAUGAAAAAAAUAUUUUGUUGUGGCUUCAGAGAUUAGAAGCAGGAUUAGAAAGUCAUAUCACAACUUUAUCUGAUGAAGAGUGGAAGCCACCUCUUCCUGCUUACAAUUUUCUUAGCAGGAUGGAUGCCACAGUUCCCUACACAGAAAUUGCUCAGUUUCCUAUACAGAAUAUGCUUAGAUGUGCAAAAACAACUGAUCUGCAACAACAUGACAAGGGGCACUCUGAAGAUAAACUGGGAAAGAACUCCAUUUAGGAAGAUGAUGAUAAUGAUAUGUGAUUUUCAAAAUUAUGUUAAAGACUUUUUGACUGAUCUGAUAUUUGAGCAUAUUAUCUUAAAUAAAAACUGUAACUAUUAAAAAACCCUGGAUAAAAUUUGUAUUCUUUAGAUUUCACUUAGCUCUAGUCACUGAUACCACAGAUCAAAUAUUAAUACCUACUUUAUAGAGUUGUUAUAAAAUAUUAAUACCUACUUUAUAGAGUUGUUAUAAAAUAUUAAAUACCUACUUUAUAGAGUUGUUAUAAAAAUCAAAAGUGUUACAUGUUAUAUGUUAUUUAUAUUAUUACUACCAUUAAUAAUUUGGUGACAAUAGAGAUUAGUGAAUUUUAAAUGACCAUUUAAAUUUCAUUGUAUGAUCUUUUUUAUCAUGUAGGAAAUAAUAAAUAGAAAGUAGCAACAAUACAAAAAAACCCUUCUGUAACACUUUAUGGUUUACAAAGCUUCUAACAUCCAUUUAGUUUAAUUAAAAAAACAUUUAGCAGCUACUAUUAGCAAAGUAUGUACUAGGCUACAAAGACAAGAAGCUCUUUCCCUGAGCAGCUUAAAGUCUCCUCAGGAAAUUUGUACAAUUUGUACAAGAGGAAUAGAGUGCUAACAAUUGGAGCAGGUAAUAUGGAAGAGAAUCAGAAGGGCCUUGUUUAAGAAUUGGCAUGUGAACAGUGCUUUGAAGAGAAAAUAGGGAUCCUACCUAUCUAGGUGAGAAAGGAAUAAGUUUUAUAUAUGGAGAUAGUUUGAUCAUAUGACCAUAUAUAGGCAUUUGAAUGUCAUUAAUGUCAGGUUUGCAUGCUUAAUAUCAUAGUUUGAUAUUAAUGUAAAUUUACAUUAUGUAAAUUUUACAUUACAAAACGUAAAAAUAUAUAUAUGUAAACUUUUGUCAACAAGUUUAUCACAAUAGUCUACAUGGUAGCUCCAUCAGCUAAGAUCUAUAAGCACUUGUUUAUUUUGUCACCCAAUCUGUGACACUGGGAUGAUUGUAUUUACUUUUCUGGUUUAUUAUUGUUAUAGAUGAGAAAAUACUUGCCUACCUACUUUAUAGAGUUGUUAUAAAAAUCAAAAGUGUUACAUGUUAUAUGUUAUUUAUAUUAUUACUACCAUUAAUAAUUUGGUGACAAUAGAGAUUAGUGAAUUUUAAAUUCUAAAUAAGAUAAAUAGUAUUAAUUAUGCUAAAAUAUAUUACCCUUAAAACCUAGGCUUAAGAUAUCACACAAAAUGUAAAAAAACCCAGUUCCUAAUAUUUGUGCAUAUUUAUGCUAAAACAUUGCAUUUAUUGGGGACGGUUAGGUGGCUCAGUGGAUAAAGCACCGGCCCUGGAUUCAGGAGUACCUGAGUUCAAAUCCGGCCUCAGACACUUGACACUUACUAGCUGUG